AUGAACAACCUCACACCCGCUUCUAGCAUCCCAGUCGUCCGCGACAAUUUCCAUUUCUCAGGCACUGUCCUCGCCAUCAUCGCAGACAACGGCGCCGUCCACAGCCGCCGGACACUGGCCGAGCUGGGGAGACACUACCAUGACAUCGUAUCUCACGGCGCGGCUGCCGUGGAGAGCUUCUCAGAGGCGGACUACCAGGCCCAACUUAUCCACUACGGGCUCCCGCCGGCCAAGGGCGGGCAGAAGGCCAAAUGGACUCUGAUGGAGGCUGUCGUUGGUCUGGAGCCUUUGGUCGUGCCGGAGAAGCUAUUGGGCUUGGAGAGGGAGAUGAAGGAGGGGUGGAGGGCUUUGAAGUCGAGGAGGAGGGAGACCGGUGCGCAUGAUGGGCAGAGUGUGCUGGGUGUUGCGGCUGGGGAACUGAGACGGUUGGCGAGGGGGUUAAGAGGCGUCUCUGCGAUGUCCUUACGAGGCAACCAAGGGGUUUCGGGUCAUCCAGGUUUAGCAGCGGCCCGCCGAGUUGCUCCCGUUUCGUCUUUCAUCGGAAAUGGGUUCAACUUUAACACCACGCAGACACGGGGAGGACAGUCGACGUCCUCGCAUAGCAUCAGCCAGAGAUCCACGCUUUCCUCGCGCUUUGCCGUCUUGGACAACCCACUUGGGUCGAUCACGAACAUCUUUCGCUCUCUGGGCUCCCCCUUCAGGACUCCUCCGCCAGACCCAGAGACCACGAAACCCCCUCUAGUUAACGAAGCCCCGGCCCCUGCCUACGUCUGCGCCAGCCUCCCAGGGUUAGGUUCCGUCGAAGGUCGCUACGCAAUCCCGAGCCUAACUUCUUCUACCGGUUCGGCAGAUCCGACGUUGGGCCGGUUCCCCAAGACCAUGGUCUGCACCGUCGACAAGGAAGCCCUCUGGGUGCUCUUCGACCUGGGUUUUGCCUAUGGAUCGAUGGCCGUGACGCAAUGGCCGCGCAUCUCGGCGUGGGUGCCCGUCCAGGCGACGUGGUGCGGCAAGAACCGGGUUCUUGAACGGAGAUGUCACCUCGUCCGCGAAGGGGGACUGUUGUUCAUUGGCAACGGCUGCGUUGAUGUUAUGAUUGAAUGUGAUGGUCAACGGUGGGAAUUCAUGGCUGUAAGGAUUGGUGGUCCAGCUGAUGUGCCUGAGAAUCUCGAUUGGCUGGCGCGGGGGAAAAAUCAGUGGCAGAUUCUUCCUCAGGCCUUCAUGAGUGAUGUAGAUUAA